AUGAGAGCCCCACCCGAUCAAAGAGAUAGAUCAAAAUGGUGUGACUUCCAUAGUGACCAUGGUCAUCGCACGGACGAAUGCAUCGCGCUCAGACUGGAAGUGGCAAACUUGUUGAAAAAAGGGCACCUCACCAAUUACUUGACUGACAAAGGCAAGCAGACCCUGCAGCAGGCGAGGGAUAGACAAGAGAAACACAGAGACGACAGCCCACCAGACCCGCCACAUCAUGAGAGAACUGUAAACGUGAUAUCCGGAGGUUCCGAGGUCAGCGGAAUCACCCACUCAGCCGCCAAGAGACACACCAGACAGGCUAGAUCAAGCAAAUCAGGAGUUCCGCCUUUCGGCAAAACUGAACCAACGGAUCCAACUCUAACAAUCAACUUUGCAACAUCCGAAUCAGACAAGCUUCUACACCCUCAUCAUGAUGCUUUAGUUAUUUCCAUUUAUAUUGCUAAUUGUUUAACAAAGCGUGUGCUAAUAGACAAUGGUAGCUCUGCCAAUAUUCUAUUUUGCAGUGCAUACAAGGAGAUGGGUUUGGACGAGUCCAAACUAAUCAAGAAAGCUGCCGUACUCGUUGGCUUCAGUGGCGAGAGUACGACUACUGUAGGGGAGAUCGAUCUUCCCGUCUACGCAGAAGAAGUCAACCUACCCACUAAGUUUCUCGUGGUAGACGCCCCGUCUGCAUACAACGUCAUCCUAGGCCGUCCAAAUAUUCACGGAAUGGAAGCAGUACCAUCCACCUAUCAUCAAGUCAUACGAUUCCCAACCAAGUGGGGAAUUAAGGAAAUCAAGGGAGAGCAGAAGGACUCCAGGGCAUGCUACCAAACCACUAUGAAAGCAAAAAGCCUGUCCUUAUAG